AACAAUGUGUGUUCAAUCUUCCCCGCCCCUUAAAAGCAAACCGGCGAAACCCUAGCUCGGCCUUUAUUUACUUCUCUUCACUCUCCUCAAUCAACCUGGGCGCGGCCGCCAUAUUUGCUUUCAGCAGCAACUUGCAUUUGGAAGGAUGGUGAGAGUUAGUGUUUUGAAUGAUGCGCUCAAGAGCAUGUACAAUGCAGAGAAGAGGGGCAAACGACAGGUCAUGAUCAGGCCUUCCUCAAAAGUGAUCAUCAAGUUCCUUUUGGUCAUGCAGAAGCAUGGUUACAUCGGAGAGUUUGAGUAUGUCGAUGAUCACAGAGCUGGCAAAAUUGUGGUUGAACUGAACGGGAGGCUGAACAAGUGUGGGGUGAUUAGUCCUCGUUUUGAUGUUGGAGUCAAGGAGAUUGAGGGUUGGACUGCUAGGUUACUUCCUUCAAGACAGUUUGGAUAUAUUGUGCUCACCACAUCUGCUGGCAUCAUGGACCAUGAAGAAGCUAGAAGAAAGAAUGUUGGUGGAAAAGUACUUGGAUUCUUCUAUUGAGACAAAUUUCUGAGAUUUUCAUUUUUGAUUUCGCUUUAUGUUGAAUUUGAUAGUUUUCCUCUAUCGGUGUUGGUGCGAUUCUAAUUUUGUAUAUUAGGGACUAUACUUAUGUUUUGGUUAUGAUGUUUGAGAUUAUUAUGAAUUGUUGGGUUUUCCAUGGGUAAUAGUUGUUUGCCUUUGUUAUCAGACAGUUGAAAGAGCUUUCCAAUUUAGAAGUUUGUACUGAUUAAUUUUCUAUU